CUACUUACUGUAAUACUUAAUUCAUUCAUUUAUUUUAGGGCGUGUGAAUGCAUUUUUACUGCAUAUUGCUGCAGUGUCUGAUUAACGCGGACAGUGUUUCUGUGAAUCGGAAUCGCAGACGUGGCUGUGUGUUUUUAGGCUUUAUGGAACAGUGACAGCGUCAGUGAUGGUGUGUCUUUAACGGACUGACGCUGUUUUCUCCAGCCUCCGACCGCAGCCUCUCUCUCUCUCUCUCUCUCUCUCUCUCCCUCUCUCUCUUCUUUACUGCUGCAGCUGCCUGCUACAAACAACCGGUGAACACGGAACCACACAGGACCGGCACCGGACUGGACCGGGACACGAGAACAACGCAAGGCGACAGAGACACAAUGACAGAAGCCUCUAAAACGCACGUGAUCCUGCUGUCGUGCGGCAGCUUCAACCCCGUCACCAAAGGCCACAUCCAUAUGUUCGAGAAAGCCAGAGAAUAUCUGCACAAAACUGGACGUUUCAUCGUGAUCGGAGGGAUCAUCUCGCCGGUGCACGACUCCUAUGGAAAACCUGGCCUGGUGUCCAGCAGGCACCGUCUCACCAUGUGUCAGCUGGCCGUUCAGUCGUCGGACUGGAUAAGAGUCGACCCCUGGGAGUGUUACCAGGACACCUGGCAGACGACCUGCAGCGUGUUGGAGCAUCACCGGGACUUGAUGAAGAGAGUCACCGGCUGUAUUCUGUCCAACGUCAACACACCGUCAACGACUCCUGUGAUUGGUCAGCCACAGAACCAGACCCCUCCCCCCGUCUACCAGAACCACAGCAAUAUGAAUCACAAGCCCAACGCCAUCAAACUUUGGGGCAAGAUCAGUGAGAGUUUGGGGAAGAUCUGCUGCGUCCGUCCGCACAUGGAGCGCUUCACCUUCGUCGAUGAAAACGCCAACCUGGGCACCACGGUGCGGUACGAGGAGAUCGAGUUACGCAUCUUGCUCCUGUGUGGCAGUGACCUCCUGGAGUCCUUCUGCAUCCCUGGCCUGUGGAAGGACAGUGAUAUGGAGGUGAUCGUUGGGGAUUUUGGGAUCGUUGUGGUUCCUCGUGACGGAGCUGACACAGAGAGGAUCAUGAAUCAUUCAUCCAUCCUUCGCAAGUACAAGGACAACAUCAUUGUGGUGAAGGACGUGAUGAACCAUCCGAUGUCCAUCAUCAGCUCCACUAAGAGCAGACUGGCCCUGCAGCACGGCGACGGCCAUGUGGUCGACUACCUGAGCCAGCCGGUCAUCGACUACAUCCUGCAGAGUCAGCUGUACAUCAAGGCCUCGGGGUAGAUACGAGGCCUGUUGGCAUGACAACGGGGGGCACCUGCAACAUCAUCUCUAUAACCACACCCCCCUCGUUAACUGGAACGUCCUCGUCUUCUGUGUUCAACAUUUACUUUUCUCUGAGCUGUGGCUUCGUGCCCCUCUGUCCAUGUCCUGGAUGGUUGGAUGGGGGGUUAAAGAGGGAGGGGUGUGUGGGGGAGGUUAUGGGGGUGCUGUCAGCAGGAGGCUGUGGCGACAGCAUGGAUGUGUUUUAACAGCGGUUCUGUCACUCUGUAUCUUCAGGGUCCAGGGAUGCGUCACGGUCUAUGGGCUUCAUGCAACAACACCUCAAACAUACAAACAGCACCAGAGGCCCAGGACCGGUUACACUCAGGAUGUGGUGCUGGAGCUUUAGAGAGCACAGUAACCGGGUUGGGACAGCCUGUGAAUGGACCCCAGAUGCUAACACAAUUAUCAGUCAAGGAGCAGGUUUAUGUAGCAGCGUGUUGUUGCAUGAAGGUCAAUGGUUGAGAGAGGCUUCACCUCAGACUCAGAACCUCUCUUUAAAUGUUCAAACUGAAUCUUGAACCAGAACGGAUCUGACGGUGUAUUAAGCAGCUAGCAAACAUAGCGACAGAUGUAGUUUAGUUAAACCUGAUUAAAACACAGACAUGGAGGAGACGGAACAGGCUGACGAUGACGAUGAUGAAGGUGAUGACGGCUCCUCAGUAGUUGGUUGUGGCUUCGUCUGCAUGCGUAGACUAUUUGGUUGCAGCAUGAAUCUUACAUGUGGUGACUGUGAUCUGUUGUAAAGCGUAGAUGUAAACGUAACGCCACUGUAACUGUAUAGAUCUGUGCGAGAAACUGUUCUGUUUCCUGUGUUUGCUCAUAUCUGAUUGUAAACUGUGAUGCACUCUUAAAAAUUACAUUUUUAAAAAAACAUGUGUGUU